AUGGCCAAAGGGAAAUCCUCAGGGCUUGCAGCCUCCAAGGCGAACAUCGACAAGUCUUUGGAUGAUCUUUUCGCUAGCAGUUCUGGCCCCGUUAAAGCACCUGCUUCUUCUCGAUAUUCCGAGUUGUUGCCCCUAAAGGAACACAAGCCGCUUGUGCAGGCAUCUACGGAGGCAGCUGCAGGCAGCGACGAUGAAGAUGAGGAAGACGACGAGGAACUGAGCGAACUGGACGAAGAGCUGGAUGACGACGAGGACGGACCGUCAGACGGACCGUCAGACGCAGAAGAGGAGGAGGAUUCUGCGAGCGCACAAGAUGACUCAGAGGACGAAGCCGUGCAGCCUGAGCCGACGAAAAAGGACCGAAAACGAAAGCGCAAGGAUGACUUCGAGGAUCUGGAAGACAAAUACCUUCAAAAGCUUGCCGAGGAUGACGAGCACGAGGAGAAGCGACGGAAAGGCGACGCCGAGAGCAGCGAAAAGGUGCCCAGCAAGAAGUCAGAAGCCGGGGCUGAUGGAGACGACGAUGAGGAGCAAGAUGAUACACCCAUCGUGCAUGAGUCGUUGCUUAAAAAGGCCGGCGAGGAAGAACACGCAGAUGUAGAGCUCGACAAGGCAAACCGCACAUUGUUUCUCGGCAAUGUGUCCGCCGAGGCUAUCAACUCCUCCAAAGCCAAGAAGGAGCUCAUGACACACCUUGCUAGUCCCCUGGCAGAUCUGGAUGCAUCCUCAGGUCCGCAUAAAAUCGAAUCCAUUCGCUUUCGCUCCGUCGCCACUGCCGGCGGCGGAAUGCCCAAGCGCGCUGCCUUCAUCACAAAGUCGCUGAUGGAAACAACCACCAAGUCUGCCAAUGCCUAUGCAGUUUACUCGACACCUCUAGCCGCACGAACAGCGCUCAAGGCACUCAAUGGCACUGUUGUCCUAGAUCGCCAUUUGCGUGCUGACAGUGUUGCGCACCCGGCCCAAAUCGCUCACAGACGCUGCGUCUUCGUGGGCAAUCUGGGUUUUGUGGACGACGAGACGGUGUUGACGACAGAUGCUGAUGGAGAGACCAAGACAAAGAAGCGUACCAAGGUCCCAGCUGACUUUGAAGAGGGCCUGUGGCGCAUCUUUGGCCAACACGCAGGCAAAGUUGAGAGCGUUCGCCUACCACGAGACCCCAAGACCCGCGUAGGAAAAGGAUUUGCCUACGUGCAGUUCUACGACGCAAACGAUGUGGAAGGUGCAUUGCUGCUCGACGGCAAGAAAUUCCCUCCCAUGCUGCCUCGAAUUUUGAGAGUCAGCCGUGCCAAGGACCCCAAGAAGACAGCCUUGGCUGUGGAGCGGACCAACAAGGCCAAGCUGGAGGCUGCAAAGGGCUCUGAUGGUGCUGCCGGCAAACCUAAGAGCACAAAGUAUAAGCACAAAGCGACUCCUGAGCAAAAGUCACUGGCAGGAAGAGCAAGCAGACUGUUUGGACGCGCAGGCGCCGCGCGCGAGGCACAAAGACUAAAGGGUGGUGAGAAGAAGCCGAGACACAGGGACAGCAAGGCGGGUGGUGAUGGUGUGGAUCUGAGCACGAUCAAGACGCCGGAACAGAUUGUCUUUGAGGGUCGCCGCGCCAGUUCAAAGGAUGGCAAGCCAAAGGAUCUCAAGUUCGGCAAAGUCAAGGGCAAGAAGAGACCUCCGUUGCAAGCCAAGAAGCGCGGAGCACGAAGAGCCGCAGAGUGGAAAAAGAGUGGUGGUAGAAACUAA